AUACGUCGUCGAUUCUAUAUUUCUACUGCUGUUGUUCUAUGUACACCUUGGGCAAACUGAAAAUUUGUUUGUGGUCGCCGGGAUUUGAGUCGGCUGGAAGUGGUGUUAUAGUCAUGUGUAACGUCAUUUUGGUUGCAUGAAAAACAUUAUUAUUAUCAUCAUCUCUAGAUAGUAAAGUGUCCUGUUAACUGUUAGAAACGAUUCCGCGUGUAGUUAACAUAAAAUCUCAAUAUGUUCCAUCUGAAGUCGGUAGUAAAAGGGGCCGUGCCUUUGAAGCAUAGUUGCCAUAAUUUGGAAGUCAGCACUUUUUUGCGGGUUUGCCCUACAGCCGUCCAAAUAGCGAAUUCUAGAUCGUAUGGAGACCACCAAAUUCCUGAUAGGUUAAAACAUGUUGCCACCGCAGCGAACCCGAGGUUUUUUGAUAUGGUGGAGUACUUCUUUCACCGGGCAUGUCAGAUAGCGGAAGAUAAGUUAGUAGACGACCUAAGAAUUCAUCACAAGAUGACGAUGGAAGACAGGAAGAAGAAGGUUAAAGGCAUCCUGAUGUUGAUGCAAGGUUGUGAUCACAUCCUUGAAGUAGCGUUUCCAGUAAGACGUGACAACGGCGACUACGAGAUGAUAACUGGCUAUCGUGCUCAGCACAGCACACACAGGACACCUUGCAAAGGAGGUAUCCGGUUCUCGUCGGACGUGAACCGCGACGAGGUGAAGGCGCUGUCCGCCCUCAUGACCUUCAAGUGCGCGUGCGUGGACGUGCCCUUCGGCGGCGGCAAGGCGGGCCUCAAGCUGAACCCCAAGGAGUACAGCGAGCACGAGCUGGAGAAGAUCACCCGCCGCUUCACGCUGGAGCUGGCCAAGAAGGGCUUCAUCGGGCCUGGCUUGGACGUACCGGCUCCUGACAUGGGCACAGGCGAGCGGGAAAUGUCGUGGAUCGCGGACACCUACGCUAAAACCAUAGGCCACACGGACAUAAACGCGCACGCGUGUGUGACGGGCAAGCCCAUCAACCAGGGGGGCAUCCACGGGCGCAUCUCUGCGACGGGCCGCGGCGUCUUCCACGGCCUCGAGAACUUCAUCAACGAGGCCAACUACAUGAGCAUGAUCGGCACCACGCCGGGCUGGGGCGGCAAGACCUUCAUCGUGCAGGGUUUCGGCAACGUAGGAUUGCAUACCAUGCGGUACUUGCAUCGCGCUGGAGCGAAGUGUGUUGGAGUAAUUGAGCGUGAUGGUUCCAUAUACAAUCCUGACGGAAUCGACCCCAAGCAACUGGAGGACUUCCGCAACGACACGGGCAGCGUGCUGAACUUCCCCGGGGCCAAGCUGUACGAAGGGGAGGACCUCAUGUACGAGCCGUGCGACAUCUUCGUCCCCGCGGCCACCGAGAAGGUCAUCAACUCCGAGAACGCUGGUCGCAUCCAGGCCAAGAUCAUAGCGGAGGCCGCGAACGGGCCGACCACCCCGGCGGCGGAGAGGAUACUCAUCGAGAAGAACGUGCUGGUGAUCCCGGACCUGUACAUCAACGCCGGAGGAGUGACUGUGUCCUUCUUCGAGUGGCUCAAGAACCUCAACCACGUGUCGUACGGCCGGCUGACCUUCAAGUACGAGCGCGAGUCCAACUACCACCUGCUGGAGUCGGUGCAGGAGUCUCUGGAGCGGAGGUUUGGACGGGUGGGGGGCCGCAUCCCCGUCACCCCCUCCGAGUCGUUCCAGAAGAGGAUCUCCGGUGCGUCCGAGAAGGACAUCGUGCACUCCGGGCUGGACUACACCAUGGAGCGCUCUGCCCGGGCCAUAAUGAAGACGGCCAUGAAGUUCAACCUGGGCCUGGAUCUGAGGACUGCGGCCUACAUCAACUCCAUCGAGAAGAUAUUCACCACCUACAAGGAAGCAGGCUUGGCUUUCUAGAGGCUCUGCUUCGUCCCCAACACCCCCUUCUUUUUCUGCCCGGCCAGUGUACUUGCCAGGUUUUCGCUAGUGCAGACGUCAAUAAGGCUCAUUACUGCACGCUGGGUUAGCAAUGGUACCUCAGUUCAUGCUUUUGCAUCUUAACUACUGCCACUGUCUUAUCGUUACAUAUCUCAUAAAUAAGUGAAUUACUGCAGUUUAUUUUAUUUCUUGCUGAAGUUCUUGAGUUAAACUGUAACUGUGGAUUAGUGUUAACUUUUAUGAAUCUUAUUUGGUUAAUCGAAUUUGACAAAAUAACUUUUUUAGUCUGGAUUUUAGGUUCCUGGGGGAACAUGAAAGUGCAUUUAGGUGUGGUAGCAUCUGGAAUCAGUUGAUCUGUGUGUUGAACCUACAAGUUUGUCCCCAUGUGUCUUCAGCAUAUGUACUUGAACAUUUAUUCCAACAGCUUAUGAAAUGGAAAAUGAUGAAGUAUUGCUUAUCACAUUUUCCUUACCUCGUACUCACUGCCAACUGAUAUAUAUUUAGACAUGGUGAUAACCUACUGUGAUUAUGUAGAUAUCCUGAAUUGGUGUAUUUUGAGGCAUAGGUGUUGAACAUCAGUCAUUGGAGAUUUUCCCAAGUUGAUCAUAGUAAAAUAUCCCAUUGAACAUACACACAUAUUCACAAUAUAAAAAAAAACCUCAAGUUAAUGUUGUUACCUUUUUGUGUGAAGGCAGACAUUUCUCUAAGGUAAAAAAGUUUGAUGAAAGGGCAUUUUUAUUUUUUAAUGUGCUAUUUAAGUGAGAAAUAAAACUUUCCUGAUGAAACUGAGUGAGCCUCACUGAAGUUAGUAUCUCAGGGCUAUGCUCGUUAUUCCCCAGCUUCCUGUUGGCCAUAGUUAUCUUCGGUGUCGACUGGCAGCCCAUUGGCCGCCGCAACCAUCCUUUUAGUGUUCAGGCUGUAUCGGUUCAUAACCAGCCGGGAACUUAAAAAUGUACUUUGAAAAAAAAAACUGCUGUAUUUGUAAGAUAAAACUGUAAAAUUUUAAAGUGAUGUGCACACUUGUGCAAUCACUUAAAUAAACAGUCAUGUAAUGUC